ACAUGUUAUGGACUUCUUGAAGAAAAGAUGCCUCUACAUCUGAAGAAAAACGAGGAUAUAUUCACUUCUUGGCAUCUCGUGGCAAAGUCAACCACUUCUAUGGACCAACAUUAUAAUGUGAGAUCCCUCUACACCGCCCGGCUGGAGAUCAGUGGGAAAGAACAAACUUUAAAAGAGAUCAUCAUGGCGCCAGAAGACAACGUCAUCUACGAGCAGAAAUUUGACAAGCCAAGUAAAGAUGGCAAUUUAACUUUGACCUUCAAGACUGAGGAUGGUUUAUUGCUUUUGGGAGUAGAAGGUCCAACAGGAAGAACCUUAUAUCUUGCAUCAAGGACACCAACCGUAAAACGAUCUGUCAUAGAUAAAUUCAAGGCCCAGGCUCUGUGCCUUGAGACUAAGUAUAAUUACUUUAUACCAGGGAGCAUCAGGGAAGAUGAUGCUGGAGCUGAAGCUUGUGCUCAUAAUCUGGAGAAAUGGGUGCCCAUCAAUUUCAGAGAAUCUGUAGGAAAAUGGAUCCUGACGGUCUCAGCCUAUGAAAACACUCAAAUGGUCCUACAGGAAUUCUUAUCUCCAUACGGCUCAACAGAAAUCACUGUUGUAGAUGAUAAAGUGCACGUGUCCCACCUUUCUAUAUUUCAAGGUAGCAUUAUCACUAUAAAGGAUAUAGAUGUGGAGGAGAGUACGGGCCAUAUUGUAUAUAAAGGAGACAACCCAGAGACCAAAGCCGCCAUCUACAGAGUGAGCCCCAACUGCAUUGUUCUGUCACCUGAGGGACAGCGACUAUUUCUUAUCUGUCGUGCAAACCAUUUUCCUUCCAUCGGUGAUAUCAGUCAGUUUGUGAAGUACGCAGCUUGUCGAAACUAUAACAAGGUUUUGAUUCGCCAAGCUGCAUCAUUUUUGUGCUCCGAGAUGCCCACUGAAGUCCAUACUCUAGAUGUGGAGAAGAUUGCCGGUACAUGGAAGCUCGCUGCUGUGGCCUCCAAUAUUCCCGAAAGUGUUGUGAACUUUCCAAAUGAAAUACAAUUUACUGUGAACAAUGAGGAGGUGACAAUCACAGAUGGCACCUGGACGAGUACAGCCAAGAAGAUUGGAAAUAAUCGACUGAAAUACGCCAAAGGUGAUGAGAAUGCAAUGGAGAUGAGAUUUCAUGAACCCCUUGGAGACUCCCUGCUGACCUGGGUUGGAAACCCCACAGAGCAGAAGGUUUUCUUGGUCCUCUUCUCUAAAUCCGGCCAGGCCAGUCCCGAAGAGAUCAUAAGGUUUAAACACUUUGCAGCCUGUUUGUCCAUCCCUGUGAUAUUUCUGAAGGAAUAAAGAUAAAACAUCUUCGAGCUUCAAGUUUCAAGAAGUUUUUUGGGCACCCGAAUUGCCUUUUUACUGAUUGCAGUAAAAUAAAGGCCAUUUCUAUGUAUCCAGACUGGACUACUAUCUGUUU